UAAUUAGUAGUUUAUAAUGUUCAGAGGGAAAGCAAAAAGUAUAGUAACUAAUAGGAGCUGAAACCAAAUGAGUACACUAGAGCAUAGUUCAACGGUGGAGGUAGGUAAAGAAGUAGAGGAAAAAGAUAGAGAAGAAGAAGGAGUGAGUGAUAAAGGAACAUGGAAGCAUGCUGCUUUCCAUGUUGCUACCACAAUUGCUACUCCUGCAGCUUAUGCCCCCUUGCCUUUUGCUCUUGCUUCUCUCGGUUGGCCACUUGGUGUGAGUAGUCUAGUGAGUGCAACACUAGCUACCUGGUACUCUAGCAUUUUGAUCGCUUCUCUGUGGAAAUGGAAUGGGGAGAAGCACCUUACCUAUAGACAUCUUGCACACAAUAUUUUUGGAUUUUGGGGAUACUGGUCUAUUGCUUUAUUCCAGCAGAUAGCUUCUCUAGGAAACAACAUUGCUAUCCAGAUUGCAGCUGGCAGCAGCCUUAAGGCAGUUUACAAGCAUUAUCAUGCAGAUGGAAAAUUGACCUUACAACAUUUUAUUAUCUUCUUUGGGAUCUUUGAACUAUUGCUUUCUCAACUUCCUGAUAUUCAUUCACUGAGAUGGGUUAAUGCAUUGUGCACUUUUAGCACAAUUGGAUUUGCUGGUACCACCAUUGGUGUUACCAUUUACAAUGGGAAGAAGAUUGAUAGAACAUCAGUAAGCUAUAGUUUACAAGGCAGUUCUGCAUCUAAGUCCUUCAAAGCCUUCAAUGCCCUUGGAACCAUUGCCUUUUCAUUUGGUGAUGCAAUGCUUCCAGAAAUACAGAAUACAGUGAACGAACCUGCAAGGAAGAAUAUGUACAAAAGCAUAUCAGCAGCAUACACUGUCAUUGUUUUGAGUUACUGGCAAUUAGCUUUCUGUGGAUACUGGGCUUUCGGAUCACAAGUCCAACCUUAUAUUUUAGCUUCUUUGUCCAUUCCAGAAUGGACUGUUGUUAUGGCAAAUUUAUUUGCAGCUAUUCAAAUAUGUGGAUGCUUUCAGAUUUAUUGCAGGCCAACAUAUGCCUUUUUUGAAGGAAGAAAGGAGUCCAACAAAUCAACAAGCCAUUUUCCUCUAAGAAGUCAACUGAUACGACUGUUUUUUACUUCCAUAUACAUGAUUCUUGUUACUCUUAUUGCUGCAGCAAUGCCAUUUUUUGGGGAUUUUGUGUCCAUUUGUGGAGCAAUAGGGUUUACUCCUUUGGACUUUGUGUUUCCUGCUUUAGCAUACCUUAAAGCUGGAAACAUAGCCAAGAACUCAAAACUUGGCAUUUUGAUGAAGCCAUUAAAUGUUUUAAUAGCUACUUGGUUCUCAGUUGUUGCUAUCUUGGGUUGUAUUGGUGCAGUAAGGUCAAUAGUGGAAGAUAUCAAGAGCUACAAGUUCUUCCAUGAUAUGUAAAAGAUUUGUAUUCCAACAUCAUAGUUUGAUAUAUAGAAAUUUUGUUGUUUUCUUUUCUCAUA